UGUGGGAGGCUGCCAUAUACAAAAACAACAAACAUCACCUGGCGUCAGGCAAUAAGCAAGUAACAUUUCACGCUGGCUGGUGUGCUAAGGCGUAAGAGCAUACAUUAUGGCUAAAUUAUGAAGAUGUGUCUGAAGCUGCGACAGACAUAUUUCAUUAUUAUGAUUUAGCUAACCAUCAUUGAAUAGAUGGCCAACGACUGCGCUUUUGUAUCUGGAGUAAAGUUAGCUUGCUCGCUAACUGGCUAGCAGCCAACCAGUAAGCGCGAGCCCCUACGGAGGGUGGUCCGUGUCCUCCCGUGAUUCCGGACGCCGGGGACUGGAGGCCAGUGCUGGAUUCCGACGACCCUCUUUGGUAGCCAUUGCUAGCUAACCUUAGCUAUCUCACAAGCAGUUUUGCAUUGUGUCGCUCACAACUCACUGACAAUGUAAAAUAUCAUGGGGACGGAGACACGGGAUCUGGUGAGUAUCACAAAUGCAUGGGAAGGUUCCCGGCUUGUGAGCAAGAUAAUCGGACAACCCCAUCUUCUUCACCUUCUCCACUUAUUCCAGGUGGGGGAGAGGAUGGCCUCCCUCCUCCAUGGCCCCCUGCUGGGGUUGCUGCUGGUGACUGUGGCCCCUGGGUGUUGGGCAGGAGACUGUAAGGGCCACAGACAGGUGCUGAGGGGCCCCCCAGGGUACGUCACAGAUGGGCCAGGGAACUACUCUGUAAACGGGAACUGCGAGUGGCUCAUCAAAGCCCCCAGCAGCAAUUACCGUAUCGUCCUGAACUUCACCUUCAUGGAGACAGAAUGCACCUACGAUUACCUGUUCGUCUACGAUGGAGACUCCUACCAGAGCCCCCUACUGGCCAGUCUGAGUGGCACCACCCUGCCGCAGCCCAUAGAAGCCAAGUCUGGCAAGAUGCUGCUCCACCUCUUCAGCGAUGCCAACUACAACCUCCUGGGCUUCAAUGCCACCUACUCGUUCUCUGUGUGCCCUGGAGCCUGCGGAGGUCACGGGCGCUGUGACACAGCCUCAUCCCUGUGCCAGUGCCACCUGGGCUGGGGAGGAGCCGACUGCGCCACCCCUCUGUGUCCCCAGGCCUGCAUCCUGCAUGGCACCUGUGACAAGAGAGGAGAGCGUUGUCUCUGCAGCUCGGACUUCCUGGGCCAGAGCUGUCAGUUGGGUCUCCGUGAUGACAGUGGGGCGGGGCAGUGGUGGCAGGUGAGCGGGGGCGACCCCUACACUCCCCCCCGGACCGGCUCUGCUGGGGUCUACCUGUCCUCCACUGGAGCCAUGUACCUGUUUGGAGGGUUUGACUUGAACCGAGCUCUGGGGGACCUGGUUAAAUACAACUUCAGCAUGAACCAGUGGGAGAACAGAUCUUAUGGACACUCCCCAGCGGCUCGUCACUCCCACACAGCAGUUGAGUGGAAGGGGAACAUGGUGAUCUUCGGAGGAGAGCUCGCGAGCGCCGCUUUAGCCAGCGAUGUCUGGAUGUACCGCCCAAUCCAGGAUGACUGGCAGCAGCUCGGCCAAUCCCAUUUGCACGGGGCACCGAGAGUGGCCAACCAUGCAGCAGCUGUAGUGGACAACUAUCUCUACAUAUUUGGAGGUCGUACGGAAGAGGACAUGUUCUCGUCAUCACUGUAUCGGUUUGGUCUGCGGGGUUCUGGGGUGUGGGAAGCGGUGCAGCCCACCGGUGGGAAGCCCCCCGCCACAGCAGGUCACUCCAUGGUGUUCCACCCCCCGUCCCGGGCCCUGCUGGUCUACGGGGGCCACAGGCCUACCACCGCCAGGUUCAGUGUACGUGUGAACUCCACGGAUGUAUUCCACGUGGACCGGAGGUUCUGGACCUCGUUCCGCUCCCGUUUCCCAGCCACAGGCCCCAGGGAGAGAGCCUUCCACUCAGCCACCGUCAUCGGCAACUACAUGGUGGUCUAUGGGGGGAAUGUGCACAUCCACUACCAGGAGGAGAAGUGUUAUGAUGAGGGAAUCUUCUUCUACCACCUGGGCUGUCACCAGUGGGUGUCUGCUGGGGAGAGCCUCCAGCACAGAGGAGAGGCUGUGAGAGGGCGGUACUCCCAUGUAGCUGCUGUGAUGGAGGGCAGGGUGCUGCUGGUUGCCGGGGGAUACAGUGGUAUUGCCCGUGGAGACCUGGUGGCGUACAAAGUUCCUCUGUUUGUGAGCAGUGACCCAGGAGACCGGGUGAGUCAAGAUGACGCUGUGUGUGCCGAGGCACCAGACGAGAGCGUGUGUCUGAAGAACCCAGAAUGCAGCUGGUGUGAGGGCCGCUGUCGGGAGUACCAACCCACCAACCCGUGUGGCAGCACAGGGUGCCUGGGCCUGGCCCGCUUCCUUUCUGACUGCCAGUCCUGCCUGGUGUUCAGUGGGGCUCCAGGUUCCCUGCCCCGCGCCCCCGGUGACUUCGGCUGGUGUGUCCAGAACGAGUCCUGCCUACCUGUGUCAGAUCAAAGUGCUUGCCGUGUGGACCAGAUCUCAGGGGCGUACGGCUGGUGGGGGGAGCGUACCCGUUUCCUCACCUCAAUCCUUUCCUGUCGCACUGAGAACUAUGUCCCGGGACUGCACCUGCUCACCUUCCAGCACCCCCGCAACGACUCCCAGCCUGACAAGGUGUCCAUCCUGCGCAGCACCUCCAUCAUCCUCAGCCCCACCACAGAGAUGGACGUCACCCUGCAGUUCCGGGGCUUCAUCCACCCCCUGUGGGGUGCGCCUCCACCUGCACCCCCUCCCACCGAGACAGUCUCCAUGUGGGCCCGGAUACAGAGGCUACACUUUGAGGCCCGCAUGGCUGCUGGACCCAAUUCCCUGCAACUGAAGGAGGUGGUAGGUCGCUGGGCAGCUCACCAGGAGAAGGAGACGAAGCUGCUGUCCCGUCCUGACAUGGGUCGUCUGUUUCCCAACCUGACCCGAGGGAACCGCUACCUGGUCCAGGCCGAGGGAUACCUCAACAACUCAGGCUCUGGACAGACCAGUGAGAUGGCCCUGACCUGGAACAGAACCACCCUGCCCGGCGGAAGUGAGAUUUCCUUCUUGUUCUUGGAGCCGUACCGUUCUGGCUCUUGCUCGGGGUACCAGUCGUGCUUGGCGUGUCUGUCAGACCAGUCCUGUGGCUGGUGUCCGUCUCUGGGCCGCUGUCUGUUCCGUGCCCUGCCUGACCUGGAGCCCUGCCCGGAGGACCAGGGGGAAGGGGAGCGCCACCUGCUGCUGGCCCCGCCGCAAUGCACCCUCUGUGAGGAGUACAGGGACUGCUCCGCCUGCACUCAGGACCCCUACUGUGAGUGGCAGAUAAACUCCAGCAAGAAGGGUGACUACCAAUGCAGCCGACGGGGGAGACUGGAAGGAUCCAUUCGCGACCCAGUGGGGUGCCCUAAAGUCUGCAACCAGAGGAGGACAUGUGGGGAGUGUUUGUCUAACUCCAGUCAGUGUGCGUGGUGUGAGUCGGCCCAAGCCUGCUUCUACUUUGCGGCCUACCUCACUAAGUACCCCUACGGAGAGUGCAGGGACUGGUAUGACAGUGUCCACUCAGUGCCCCAGUGUAAGCAGUGCUCAGCUCUGGUCACCUGUACAGACUGUCUCCAGACGUUCCAGUGUGGCUGGUGUGGAGACUACAACAACCCCACCAUCGGCAGGUGUCUAAGAGGAGACUGGGCAGGGAUGGACGACCCCUCUGUGUAUAACUGCAGUGUGGCUGUGGCUGAAGUACGGGCUACCAGUCCUGAGCCCCAGACCUUGGCCCCCCCGCGGCCCAUGGAGAUGGAGCUGGAGCUGGAGCACCUGGAGGAGGGGGAGAGGGAUGCAGUCUGGUCCUACCCCACCUGUCCCGAUGUGGAGGAGUGCAGGCUGGGCCUCCACAGCUGCCACCCCUUCGCCACCUGCGUCAACACCCCCACCUCCUACGAGUGCCACUGUGAGAGGGGCUACACUGGGGACGGCACCCUGCACUGCAACCAGACUUGUUAUAAUGAGUGUCGUGAGGGCCAGUGCAGCGGCAGCCCGCGGUUUGAGUGUGAGUGUUCCCUGGGCUGGACAUCUGACCCAGCCACCCUGGUGCUGAGCGGGGUGGAGUGUGACGUGGACUGUGGCUGUAACUUCCACAGCACCUGUAUCACCGCCCCAGGCAUCUGUGACCACUGCCAGGAUUGGACAACGGGUCCCCAGUGUGAGCACUGUCGACCAGGGAGUUUUGGUUCUGCGCUGGCCGGGGGCGGGGGCUGUGUGCCCUGCCAGUGCAACGGCCAUGGAGACCCCCUCCAGGGCUACUGCCACAAUCAGACAGGCCAAUGCUUCUGCACACACCACACCCAGGGACCACACUGUGAAUCCUGCCUGCCCGGAUACUACGGAGACCCCAGGAAUAAUGGCACCUGUUUCCGUCAGUGUCAGGGGCGCUCUGUGAUCCUGUCCCACCAGUCACCCCUCUCUGAGCUCCCCAUCUCGUCCUCCCUGGGGUGGCGAGGGGGCGUCGGGGGGAAGGGGGGACUCUCCCACUGUCUGUGGGUCCUGUCUGUCUCUGAGAACCUGGCCCCCUGUGUGCCGGGCGAGCUGUGCCCUCCUGUGGCUCUCACCCUGCACCCAGACUCUCACACACAGUGCACUAGCUCCUACGUUUACGUGUUUGACGGCCUGCCUCGUUUCUUGAGCAACGGGGUGGUGCACUCAGACCACAACCUGAUUGGAGCGUUCUGUGGGACGACCCGGACUCAGCCAAUCACUGUGGAGGCCACUUCAGGUGUGAUCUCUGUCUACUUUGAGGCCAACGUCUCGUCCGACCACCCUCAGGGUUUCAACGCCUCCUUCUGGGUGCGACGCUGUCGAGAGGGUUCUGAGGCAGGCGAGGAUGGGUCACCGGUGUGCCAGGGAGGGGCGCAGUGCAGUGGGGGGCUGUGCCAGUGUCCUCAGGGGUACGGGGGGCCGUACUGCGACAGGCCCCUCUGUCCCGAGGACUGUGGGCUAGCAGAGGUCCGAGGCUCCUGCAACUUGUCUCUGGGAGUGUGUGUGUGUGCAGACGGUUGGGGCGGCUCGGACUGCUCCACUCCUCUGGACUCCAGUAGCCUAGUUUGGGAAACCCUACUGGACACACAGCUCACAGCGAAUCAGGCCCACAGGUUCCUCCACCGGAUGGGCCAUUCUCUAGUGUCUGGGCCCCAGGGGAACCUCUGGAUGUAUGGAGGCCUCUCUCUCUCAGAGGGCAUCCUGGGAAACGUCUACAGGUACUCUGUGUUGGAGCGGCGCUGGACUCAGAUGCUGACCAGCUCAGUGGAGGAAGGCUCCACCCCCAGCCCACGCUACCACCAUGCCUCUGCCCUUCUGGCCAGUCACCAGCCUCUCUCCGGCGCCCAGGGAGCCACUCACAACCUCAUGCUGGUGGUGGGCGGUGUCACGCAGAAGGGCGUCGCCCUGGAUACGUGGAGCCUCAACCUCAGCAGUCUGGUGUGGAGACAGCACAAGAGCUCAGUGCUGCCACCGGUGGCAGGUCAUACUCUAACGGUGCGUCGGGACUCCUCUAUGCUGCUCAUCGGAGGUUACUCUCCAGAGAACGGCUUCAACCACCACCUGCUGGAGUUCAACAUCCACUCUGGCAACUGGACCGUCGCCCCCCACACCGGCACGCCUCCUACAGGUCUGUAUGGCCACUCUGCUGUGUACCACGAGCAGACGGACGCCGUGUACGUGUUCGGAGGCUACCGCUUCCACGUGGAGACAGUGGAGCCCUCAGGAGAGCUCUACAGUCUCUACUAUCCCAAUCUCACCUGGUCCCUACUGGUCCCCUCACAGGGGAAUAAGCCCCUGUCUCGUUUCUUCCACGCUGCAGCCCUGAUAAAAGACACCAUGGUGAUCGUGGGAGGGAGGACAGGAGAGGAGGACUACAGCAACACAGUGUCUCUGUACCAGAUCAACUGUAACACCUGGAUACAGCCAGACUCGGCGGUGGGUGAGCCAGUUAACCGUUCAGUGUCUCUGGCCAUGGCGGGCUGGGGUGGGCGGCUGUUCCUCUCUGGGGGUUUCAACGGGGUCACCCUGGGGCGUCUUCUCACCCUGACCCUUCCCUCUGACCCCUGUGCCCUGCUGUCCAUGCCCGAGGCCUGCAACACCACCACAGGCAGCUGUGUCUGGUGCAGGGGCACCUGCGCCUCCUCUAAUACCGCUGAGAGACUGGGCUGUUCAAUUGGUCAGUCUCCCUGCUCCCCCACCCCUCGUCUACCAGACCAGUGUCGAAGACUGAAGACCUGCAGCGAGUGUCUGGCACGCCACCCCAGGACCUUCUCUAGCCCCUCACAGUCCCAGUCUGCUCUGCAGUGUAAGUGGUGUACAAACUGUCCAGAGGGAGCAUGCAUCAGCAGUACUGUCAGCUGCACCUCAGAACAUGACUGCAGGAUCAACCAGAGAGAGAUCUUCCUGUCCAGCAACUGUACUGAGACCAGCUGUGAGGCCUCCGACUGCCCCAAGUGCACCGCCUCAGGGAAGUGCAUGUGGACACGCCAGUUCAAACGCACUGGGGAGACCAGGCGCAUCCUGAGUGUGAACCCCACCUACGACUGGACGUGCUUCAGCUACGCCCUGCUCAACGUGUCCCCCAUGCAGGUGGAGUCCUCCCCCCCUCUGCCCUGCCCGCCCCCCUGUUACCACCUCAGCACCUGCAGCCUCUGCCUGGGCUCCCGGGGCUCAGAUGGGGGCUGGCAGCACUGUGUGUGGAGCAUGGCACUGCAGCAGUGUGUGAGUCCAUCCUUCGUGCCUCUGCGCUGUGAGGCGGGUCAGUGUGGUCGUCUGCUGUCUGGUGGGGACUCCUGCUCCCCACAGUGCGCCCAGCUCACCCAGUGCUCCCAGUGCAUCGCCUGGCCCCAGUGUGGCUGGUGUGCUGCACGCGGGGGCAAUGGGGCUGGACGCUGCCAGCAGGGAGGCCUCGACGGUGUGAGUGAGGGAGUGUGUCCCCAGAGGAACAGCAGCUGGUCAUUCCUCCACUGCCCGGAGGAAGAUGAGUGUGCCAACGGCCACCACCACUGUAACAGCACCCAGGACUGCCAUGACCUGACCCAGGGAUACCACUGCACCUGCAAGCAGGGCUACGUUCUCAGCCGUGUGUCAGGCCAGUGUGAGCCGGUGUGUGCUCAGGGUUGUGUCAACGGGACGUGUGUGUCCCCGGGAGUGUGUCAGUGUCACUUUGGCUUCGUGGGGGACAACUGCUCGUCUCAGUGUCGCUGUAACAAACACAGCAACUGUAAAGGAGUGUCUGAGACUGACAAGUGUCUGGAGUGUAGAAACAACACCAUGGGUGAUCACUGUGAGAAGUGUAAGCCCCUGUAUGUGGGGUCGGCGGUGGGUGGGGGGACGUGCCGCCCCUGUCGGGAGUUCUGCAGGGGGAACAGCGCUGUGUGUCUGUCCCGGGACGAACACAAGAGGGCGGUAGACCACCCCCAAGACCACCCUCUGGACCAAGACAGCAUUGUUCAGUGGGUGUCGGAGGGUCCUACAGAGGACGCAGCGGUUUGUGUGAGCUGCCAGAACAACAGCGUGGGGGACAAGUGUGAGAGCUGCCUUAGCGGCUACUUCCUACUGCAGGGGAAGUGUGACAAGUGUCAGUGUAACGGCCAUGCUGACACGUGUAAUGAACAUGACGGCACAGGCUGCCCCUGUCAGAACAACACAGAGACCUCUUCCUGCCUCAGCAGCCCGCAGAGCGACAGGAAGGACUGCUACAGAACACAGUGUGCCAAGUGCAAAGACUCCUUCAACGGCACACCGGUAAACGGGCGCCAGUGCUACCGGCAGUUCAACGUGGACAAUGAGUGCUGCUUCGACCCCACCUCCCAGACAAACUGCUUCCACGACCCCACCAUCCGCAAUCUGCCCAAGGGACGCACCGUCUUCUUCGCUGCCCAGCCAAAGUUCACCAACGUGGACAUCCGGGUCACCAUCGACGUGACCUUCGGGGAGGUGGAGGUGUACGUGUCCAACUCCCACGACACCUUCAUCGUAGAAGUGGACCGCCACACAGGCAUCCACGCCGUCAAGAUCGAGGACGAGUCAGCGGCCCGAGGUGGGGUGAGCGGGGGGGAUAAGGAGACGCCUCCAUCACCUAUGAAGGUGUAUGCCAACUCCUCAUCCAGUCUGGGUGGGCCCAUGCUCCCCAACACCCCCCUGCAGCUCCACGCCAAGCCCCAGGGGGCGGACAGGGAGGUACGGGAGGCCAGGACGGAGGGGCUCAUCUCCUACAUCACGGUGUGGAAGCCCCAGACAGUGCUGAUCGUUCGAGGUGUCCGUGACCGCGUGGUCAUCACCUUCCCCCAUGAGGUCCAUUCCCUGAAGUCCAGCCGCUUCUACAUCGCCCUGCGCGGGGUAGGCACCGACGAGAGACAGGGCGAGUCCCAGGGCCUGCUCUUCCUCCGCCAGGACCAGGCCCACAUCGACCUGUUCGUCUUCUUCUCUGUUUUCUUCUCCUGCUUCUUCCUCUUCCUCUCCGUCUGCGUCCUCCUCUGGAAGAUUAAACAGUUCAUGGACUUCCGCCGAGAGCAGAGGCGUCAUAUCCAGGAAAUGACCAAGAUGGCAUCCAGGCCCUUCGCCAAGCUCACUGUCUAUUUGGAGCCAGAGGAGCCCCAGCUCAUCUACCUGCCCUCCACAGGGGGCGGAGGUGUGGGGGGCAGUGCCGUGUCCCUGGCCCAUGCACGCACAGGCAAGCUGGGGGGCAUUGUAGUUGGCCAGAGGGGGAGAGCUGGAGCCGUCUCCUACAAACACGAGCCAGGCUCCGGCCCCACCGUCCACCACCACCACCUUACUCUGGGCGGAGGGGGCAACAGUGGGCAGCACCUGCCCCUGCAUUACCUCAACACCCACCACUAUGUCCCCACCACCGCCAACACCACGGCCUCGCACCACCACCACCCGUCCUCCCACAGCGGGUACCAGCACUUCUGCCGCUCUGACCCCUUCCUGUCCCAGCUCAUGGGCUUCUCCUACUCCACCUUCAAAGUGGGACCCAUCACCCUGGAGCCCACGGACGACGGCAUGGCCGGGGUGGCCACCGUCCUCAUCCAGCUGCCGGGGGGCAUCCUGGCCCCUAACCGCGCCUGCCUGGGGUCCGCCCUGGUCACACUACGGCAGAACCUCCAGGAGUACUGUGGUCACGGCAAUGGAGGGGGACACCCCGGAGCGGGAGGGGUGCGCAAAGGCCUGCUAGGGCAUCAGCACCUCACCACCAUGGCUAUGUAGAGAAGAGA